AGAAUGAUGACGAUAAAUUUGUGUAAAUACUGCAUCGUAUACAAAACACGUAAAGCGCAAGAUUACGUUCGUCAAGCGAAAGAAAAUUGUUACCCGGGGGUAGUUAAAACAAGUAAAAAAAUCAUUUCCGUAUGUGAACGUUCGGUGGCGGUUCCGUUUGUAGUCGCUUGACACUACAGCUUGCAAUUGUGACGCUUCUGGGUCGAGUGCGGCCGACCAGUAGCGCCGUGCAAUCUGCAGCAAGGUGGCUAAUUUCGGUGGAUCGAGUGCCGCGGGUGGAAAGAUGCGCCGAUCACAGGGCUACAACUACCAACCGCUUCCGCAACAGGCACCGGCAGGUCCGAGCAACGCCAGCCACGAUGCGCUCGAGGAAGAAAACGAGCGAAUGGCGGAGGAGUUGAAGGGAAAAAUCGGAGCCCUCAAAUCGCUGACCAUCGACAUCGGCAACGAGGUGCGCUACCAGGACCGGCUGCUGCGUGGCAUCGACGAAGACAUGGACCGGACGGGAGGCUUUAUGACGAAUACGAUCAACCGGGUCGUUCGGUUGGGCCAAGGUAGCCACCGGAACUACAUGUGCUACAUGUUUCUGUUUGUGAUGGCCGUGUUUUUCGUGCUCUACUUGAUCCUGAAGCUGCGAUAGGAGUGGACCGAAGCACCUUCCUACAGCUUUUUUUUAUUUGUAUUUACACCUCACGAGAAUUUGUUAUAUAU